CCGUCUCUCCUUACUGUUGUUUCGAAGCGAUAAGGAAGCAGCAAGACGACGUUUUCUUUCGUUCUACGGAUGCAGGACUCAUCGUUCGCCUAAAAUUCCUUCCUUCCUGUUGAAUUUAUCGCGUGGCGUGUGAGCUGUAUGUCAACAAAGAAGCAGACACCAGUAAACAAAUUCUUGCGCACAGCCUACCAUCGUUAAAAGUUAUCGAAGUACGAAAACAAAAUCACGGCAGGAGCCUCGAUUCGUAAGGAAUUCAUUUAGGGAGUUGUCCUGAGGGAGCCGAGGGAGGCAGUUGGACGAGAUAUCGAUUCAGUUUGCCGUUAAAAAAUGAUUGGCUAUCUAUUGAUUGGCGCAUUCUUCCCUUGUGUUCUGGUGUGGGUUUUCUCUCGCCCCAGACAUUUCCCUCCAGGUCCAAAGGGUUUACCACUUCUGGGUUGCUUAAUGUCAGUGCCUCGGUGGCAUGCCGGCUGUGCCUAUAUGGGACUCCUGGAGUUGUACUACAAGUACGGACCAAUAUGUGGUUUUUACAUUGGUCCCCAACCUGUUGUUUCUAUCAGUGGAUAUAACGCUUGCAAGGAGGCCUUCUUGAAUGAAAACCUUAAUGGACGACCAGACAAUGCCCCAGCAAGAAUGAAGAGUAAAGGGAAACGAAUGGGUAUUAUGCUGGUUGAUGGAGAUUUUUGGAUAAUUCAGAAACGUUUCACGUUGCACCACUUACGUGAACUUGGUUUCGGCAAAAAAAGUAUGGAAAAUCUUAUUCAGAAAGAAAUCAAAAUCCUGUUGGCGGACAUGGAGCGUCAGCUUGAAGAGGGAGAUCAUCACUUUGAAUUCAAAAACUACUUCAACGUCUCAUUAGUCAACGUAUUAUGGAUGAUGCUAGCCAGUACUCGUUUUGAACGUACUGAUCCGCGUCUAAAACUACUUAUCGAAUUGUUUGACACUGUUUUCCGUAGCGGUGACAUCAUCCGGGUAGCCUUUCCAUGCCCCGCCAUCCUCAUAAAACUGUUCCCUGCUUUUUUUGCUAAAUUGGGCAGAAUGGAUCUUUUGAAAGAAGUCUGGAAAUUUAUUGAAGAAGCGAUCGAAGACCACAAACAAAAGCUGCCACAGUCGGAACCAAGAGAUUUUAUAGACGUUUACCUUAAAGAGAUUGAACGUGAUGAUGACCAUUCUUUUUCAGAAGAACAGCUUAUGAAUAUCAUUUUGGAUAUUCUUUCGGCUGGAGCGGAUACUACUGGAAAUUCGAUUGGAUUCGCAUUACUACACCUCAUUCACCAUGCUGACGUCCAAACGAAAAUGCAGCGUGAACUAGAUGAAGUGUGUGGCGAUUCGCUACCUUGUUUGCAUCAUAAACCCCAAUUGACAUAUACCCAAGCUGUACUUAUGGAAGUGCAAAGAUUGAGCGGUGUUUCUCCUUUGGCCAUUCCUCGCCGUGCUUUGAAAACCAUUCCGUUUGGUGGCCAUGUCAUUCCCCAGAAUACCUAUGUCAUCAUUAACAUGCACUCCGUACACAUGGAUGAAACCUAUUGGACAGAUCCACAAGUAUUUCGUCCUGAACGGCAUAUAGACGGUGAUGGCCGCAUAAUUAACACUGAUCAUCUUUUCCCUUUCGGAGGAGGUAAACGGAGCUGCCUAGGAGAAUCGUUAGCUCGCACUUCCUACUUCUUCUUUACUGCAUCCUUGGUCAAGAUGUUCAUUUUUCGUUCAGUUCCUGGCAAUAUUUCUCCUCCAUCCCUCACUCCCUUAGACGGGUUUACUCUAGGUCAUCGCCCAUUCCAUGCUUUUGUAACCAAACGAUAGUGGUUUAACCUAGUAUUUCUUUUAAAAGUUUCUGGAAUUGUUAACCGAUUUUACGCAGUCAUAAUCAGUGGUUUAUAUUUAGAUCCCGCACUUCGUGUGCUUACUUGUACCCUAUUGUGAUUUGCGUUGAUGCAUUCGUAAUUUUUUCCUCAAAUUUGGCCAAAUAACAGAUCGCCGCUUCCAAUGGGUUUGGUAAGUUUGUCUUCCAAGACUUAAGAGAAUGAAAUCGUUAUUGUGAAAAAUUUUUCGCAUGAUCAGGUAAGCGCGUGUAUUUGAAAAAAUAUUGGUACGAUACUUCUUACCUCCGCACGGUAAUUUGCUCAAGUUAUUUGAGUUUCAGGUAAUUCCAGAUUAAUGCCUACCUACGUUUGGGCGUGUAGUGGGAUUUUUCCUUCGAAUACAAACCGAUUAAAAACAUU